UGCGGCAGCCGGGCCGACGCCCCGCCGGCGCUCUACUCCCACGGGCCUCUGCUGGUGCUGGAGUUUCAUACCGGAACCAAAGCUAAUAACGCCACCGGUUUCGUUGGCACCUAUAGAUUUAUAGAUAGGCGUAAUUUCGAGACAGAUGGCGUACAUAUUCCCGACACGUGGUGUGACUACGUGUUUAAUUCCCAAGCCAACCGGCCCAUGUAUGGUCGGAUGUAUAGCCCAAGGUAUCCUUCAAGCUAUCCCAGCAACGUGCGGUGUACUUAUCAUUUUCACGCCAGACAACACGAGCGAAUUAAGUUAGUUUUCGAAGAAUCGUUUCUUCAGAAAGGAGAUGAGAGCUGUCUCAAUCGAGCUGAUAUUAUAAAAGUUUUCGACGGGCGGUCGACAACAGCGCCGGUUCUCGCUAUGCUUUGCAAUGAGAUAGUAGAUGGCGACGUCAAUAAAAAGUCUAGUACAAGCGAAGCAAUAUCCGGACUGGGCCCGGCAGUGAGUGCCGCAACUUCAUCUUGUGACCAAGUAUUUAGUAGUGAUAAGAGCAAGAGUGGCAAACUUACGUCACCUCUCCAUCCGGCGCCGUAUCCCCAGAAGACGAAGUGCCAUUACGACUUCCAGGCCAGGGGAAGGGAACGGAUCCGACUAGUUUUCGAAGAUUUUAGCCUUCAGAGGAUAACUGCCAGCAUGGUGGACUGUGAGAGCAUGGAUUCUCUGGACGUGUUUUUGUAUGUAGACGGUCGACUUGAAAAGAUGGCUUCCUUUUGUGGGAACGAUGUACCAAAGCCAAUAAUGUCGAAUGGACCGAAAAUGUCUAUUGAGUUUCGAGGGAUUUACUCGUCGAGACAUAGUAGGGGUUUUAAGAUAUCGUACUAUUUUGUAGAAGAUUAUGGAAUUGCGACGGGAACACAACUUUUGGAAUUUCCAUGUGCCUUCGUAUUUAAUAGCAGCGAGUGGAGCCGAGGAGCUGUGACGUCACCUAACUAUCCUGGUCUUUAUCCACGGGAUACAGAAUGCAAUUACUUUUUCUACGGAAAUGAAAACGAAAAAAUACAUUUACAUUUUACGUACUUUGAUGUGGAAGGAGUUGUACCAUGCCAAGCAGUGUCGGCGAGCGACUAUGUACAAAUUUCAAACAAAAUAGUGGAUACUGAAGGCCAUAGGCACUGCGGGCAGCUGAAAGAACUGCAAUUCAAAUCUGAGCGAAACUUCCUGAGGGUCACCUUUAGGUCAAAUGAUCGGCUUGAUGGCACUGGAUUUAAAGCCGAUUACAUAUUUCUAAGAGAUUCGUUUAUGCAUAGUAUAACAAUGCCGGAUUCUGAUAAUGGAGGAUCGUCUCACACAUCAAAGCUGAUAUUCCUGACAUUCGCGUUUGCCAUCAUCCGAGAAUUCUACCGCUAUCUUCUAAAAUGUUGAACAUUUCAAUGUGGAGACAAUUUAAGUAAAUAUUUUGUUGUUG